AUGAGAGUAACAAUGAGCAAAGAGAUUUUUAUUGGCAUUGAUGGUGGUGGUACAAAAACAUCAACGGUUGCAGUUGAUUCAAAUGGUCAAGAAUUAGCAAGACAUACAUCACCAUGUAGUAACUAUCAUAGUGUUGGUGAAGAUUUAGCAAAAGCAGCAAUUAACGAAGGUAUAAAAUAUGUAAUUAGAAAAGUUAAGGAGACAAUCACAGAUGAUGAUAAUAAAGAAGUUACAGUUGGAUCAAUUUGUUUAGGUAUGAGUGGUGUAGAUAGAGAGAAAGAUAAACUAUUAGUUAAAUCAUGGGUAACUGAAUUAUUGGGAGAAUCAAUCAACUACAGCAUUCACAACGAUGCAAUCGUAGCUUUAUCAAGUGGAACUCAAGGUAAACUAUUUGGAGUUGUCAUUAUCUGUGGCACAGGUUGCAUUUCAUUAGGAUUCAAUAGGGAGGGUGUCUCAGGCAGAUCAGGUGGUUGGGGACCAUUAUUAGGCGACUAUGGCAGUGGCUACCAAAUUGGUUACGAUAUCCUCAGACAUGUUUUAAAAGCAAAAGAUCAAGUUGGUCCAAAAACUUCACUAACUCAAGUUUUAUUAGAAAAAUUACAACUCACCAAAGAAGAAGAUUUAAUCUCAUGGGCUUAUGAUCCAAAAACUCAAAGUUGGCAAAAGUUUGCUCAAUUAUCACCUUUAGCUUUUGAGCAAGCCCAAUUAGGUGAUGAAAUUUCAAAUUUAAUUUUAGUUGAUGCUGCAAAUGCACUUUAUGAUUUAAUUAAUAGUGUUAUUAAAAAGUUGGGAUUGGAUAAAGAAGAGAAAUUCCCAUUGGUUUAUACUGGAGGAAAUAUUGAGAGAAAAGGUAUUCUUUCUGAUCUUUUAUCCAAGAAAAUUAUGGAAAAUUAUCCAAAUGCUGAAAUUUUAAAUACUACUUGUGAUCCUUCAAUGGGUGCUGCUUUAUUGGCAUUAAACUCUAAGAAAUAA